AUGAAUAAAGAAAUUCGAGGAGUACCGAUUAAAAAAUAUUUCACAAAUUUAGCAUCAAAGGAUGUUGAAAUCGAGGAAAACAAUGUUGCCUUCAGAUGUGUCAAUAAUCGAUUUCACGUUUACGCAAUUAUUUUUAUAAUAUGGGGAAUCUUGGCUGUGGUGAUGUUUUCUACAGCCUUAUUCAGCACUCAGACAUUUCUCGACACUUUUGGUCAAGGUCAUCAUGAACAAUUUAUUGUACGAUUUUUUAUUGUGAUUAUCAUAAAAAUUAUCAUUAUUCUUGUUGGCUUAUUUCUCAUUUAUCAAUGUUUUGUUUUUAAUUUAUGCAGGAAAUAUUUUGAUCAUAUUAGAAGCAUUGAUUUACCCAUGCAAGAAGCAACAGAACUACAAGAUAUUUCGGAAAAAAAUCAAAUUCUUCAAAGUGAUCUUUGA